AUGGGCGAGCUGGUCUGCGAUCGCGAGAGUCUGAAAUUCGACGAGGCUUGCUUGCAACUACGAGCCGACGAUCGAACACGGAACGCGUGGCUCUACUUGCUAUCAUCUGACUGCGCCGCGUGCCCGUACACUAGGAUCAGACGAAUCGUAGCGAAUUCGAGUUCCAGCGUAACGAUCGAUACGGUUAGAUCCACGACAUUGAGGAUCUUGGACGCUGAGGAUCCCAGCGAAUAUGUAUCCGCCAAAAACACAAGUAACGUGAUUUGCGAACUGACCCCGAAUUUCGGACAAUUUGGUGUGUACGAGUUGUCGAUACAAAAUGGAGGCUGCGACGUGAGUGUCCUGAACGGGUCGACCUACCCCUAUACGGAGCUUCUCGUCAUUCUUGGAGUAUUGGUGCUGGUCCUGUUCGGUCUGUCCAGCCUGAAAUCGUUAUGGCACGCGUGUAGGAAGAAGUACAUAAAACGUCAGGCGGACGACGCGACGAAGCAACCCUCGAAGCGUCGAGUGAAAGCUAUUGAUACAGUUCGAGGCGUGAGCACUCUGUUAAUGAUAUUCGUCAACGAUGGAUCCGGCGGUUACAAGACUCUGGGCCACGCGACUUGGAAUGGCUUGCUUCUGGGUGACUUGCUGUUCCCUUGUUUCAUAUGGAUUAUGGGAGUUUGCAUCCCCAUAGCUCUAACUAGUCAGAUGAAACGCGUAACGUCGAGACGCGUUAUACUGUACGGGAUCGUUAAGAGGAGCAUACUUCUAUUCUUGAUCGGUGUAUCACUGAACACGGCGAGCACUGGCCCUCAGCUGGAAACCAUUCGCAUAUUCGGUGUUCUCCAACGUCUCGGCGUAACGUAUUUGAUCGUCGCUUCGACGUACCUCUGCUUCACGUCCAAACGAUCAAAGAAGGUACAGCUAAACUCGCCGAUGUUCCGCGAAGUGCAAGAUUUGCUGCUGCUGCUACCCCAAUGGUGCGCGAUGGCCGUCAUCGUGGUCGUUCAUUGCGCCCUGACGUUCUGCCUGGACGUUCCUGGAUGCCCCACCGGAUACUUCGGGCCCGGCGGUCUCCACGACGAUGGGAAGCAUUUUGACUGCGUCGGUGGCGCGGCUGGUUACAUCGACAGAACAAUAAUGAAAGAAUCUCACUUGCACUACUCGUCGACGGUUUAUAACUUUGGCCCGUUCGAUCCGGAAGGAAUUCUGGGUACGCUUACGACAACGUUUCAAGUGUUCCUCGGUCUACACGCUGGCAUAAUUAUGACGACGUACAAGGACUGGAAAGAACGUGUUGUCAGGUGGCUGGUGUGGGCCGCGUUUUUCGGUUGCAUAGGCUGCGGCCUCCACUUCGCCAACGUCAUUCCAGUCAACAAACACUUAUGGUCGCUGUCCUUCGUGCUGGUGACGACGUCCUUCUCUCUAGCAUUCCUGACGGCGUGUUACUUACUCGUGGACGUCGUUAAAGUCUGGAACGGCGGCCCUUUUCGAAUCCCUGGGAUGAACGCGUUAUUGCUGUACGUGGGCCACAUGCUGUGCUACCAAAUUUUCCCCUUCCAUUGGAGCGCCGGGAACAUGGAGAGCCGAGCUCUCCGUUUGAUCGAAGCGAUUUGGGGCGUCGCUUUGUGGACGAUCAUCGCGUAUAUCAUGCACAAAAAGCGAACGUACAUCACUCUGUGA